GCCGCAUCUUGUCCUCAGCAGCAUUGACUUCAUCCCAGCGAGGGGUAGACUAGCUAGAGUAAUGGAGGAGCAGAAGAAUCUGGUUCUGUUCGCCGGCGGGGAGGAGGAGACGGAGAAGGAGAAGGAGAAGGAGAAGGUGGGGUUCGACUUCGAGCCUUCGGAGGACGAGCUGGUGCUGCACUUCCUGCGUCCGCAGCUGCGCGGGUUCGCGCCCCGGGUGCCCGGCGCCGUGGUGGAGGCGGACCCCUGCGCGGCGACGCCGUGGGAGCUGCUGGCGCGGCACGGGCUGCUCCAGCGCGGGCACGGGUACUUCUUCGCGGCGCGGAGGCGGGGCAACGCCGUGGUGCGGCGCACCCCGGCGGGCGGCGGGGGCUCGUGGAUGCACAGCGGGAACCGGGAGCACGGGCGGUCGGUGACGGCGCUGGGCGUGGUGGCGCGCUGGUCCAGGACCAGGUACGGCUUCUACGUGCUCGGCGGGGCGGAGGGGCGGCGGAGCACCGGGUGGGUGAUGACGGAGUACGAGAUCACGGACCCGCUGUGCUACCGCCGCGCGGACGAGGGCGCGGAGGACGAGUACUGGGUGCUCUGCCACGUCCGGCGGAGCUGCAGGACCAACGCCGGCAAGCCGUCCAGCCGGCGGCGCUCGCUUCUUCAGCUAGCUGCUAGCUAGCUGGGCAGGUGGGCAUCUUGCCACCGCGCGACCGGCGAGCUCGGUGAUAGAUCAGGCAAUGGAUCAAAGCCUGUUGUAGGAUUCGACCACUCCAUCUUUGACGUGUGUGUAUGUGUGGAUCGAUGGUUAAAGAAAGGAAUAAAGAAAAUACUGUGAUUAGUAAUAAA